AUGUCACAAGAUCCGACCGUUCAGUUUGUCACGUCGCCCUAUGCGGGCAUCUUUGUCCAGGUUCUGUUGAAGGGAAAGUCGAUUACGCGAAUCCACAAAGGAGUCGUCCCAGCCAAUGUUCUGUCCAGCAGGAGUACGCAAGAACCUGCACCCAAGUCGGCUACGCCGAUCUUGGAUAUGCAGGACCUUGGGAGUGACACAGCCCACGUAGUCAUCCAUUUCUUUUACACCAAGCAGUAUGAUUGCAUCAAACCCACGGGCGUCUCUAGCGAUUCAGCGAAAGGCUAUGAGCUCAAGGUGUCACUACAAGUCAUUGAAGCCGCUACAAAGAUGGAACUGCCUGCUUUGGUAAGUCUGGCAAAGUCAGAAUGCGCGCGUCUCUGUAAAGAAUUGGACCUCUUGAAUCUCGUUGCCAUCUUGGGAAAGUUGAGUUUCGACUACACAAAGUUCCCCGAAAUUCAGCACCAUGUCGCAUAUCACCUUGAAAAGGUGCUUGCGAACCCUCGCAGUCAAUCUGCGACUGACCUCCUGAGUCGGGCUACUACAAACAGCAUCACAGACAUGCUUGUUCGAAAAUUGGUCGUGACGGCCCGAAAGGAGCAGACAAGCGAAGCGAAAGCGAAGACUAGACCCGAGGAUAAAGUCCCAGGCGUGCUCAUCUGUGAAUCGAGACCACAGCCCCCUUUCCAGGAUUCUGUCACUGCAAAACCUCAAUUGUCGCACGAACAUCGAACUAAACAGUUUCAAAAAACUCUUAAGAAACUGCAGUCCGAUGAUAAAGGGAAGGGACGAGAUGACUCCGAGCCGGCAGAAAAGGCCUUGGAGAUUUCCCCGCCAACAACUUCAAACCAGGACUCUCGUCUUGCAAAGGGGCAAGAGGAAGCUGAUUCUGGGCCUUCAAGAUUGAGAGACAGACCUAGUCCAUUUUCAAACCCCUUCAGCGGGGUUGAGACGGUUCCUAGCGCUAUAAAGAAGUCAGACGCCCCUCAACGUCGAGGUUCCUUGUCAAAGCCAGCUGAGGCAGUCUCAACCUUUCAUCCCAGUUGGAACAGGAUCAUGGACGACAGAUUGAAGGUCAUUGAGGCUAAAAUGGAGGCUAAAAGAUCAGAGUCUACCCGCAUUGAUUCCGAAAGUGGAGGAGUAAUUGUGAACUCCGAGCCUCAUCCUACGAUGAAGCCAAGUCCGAGUAAUCCCACUGGACUUGAGAAUUCCAUCGCAAAGAUGAAGGACUUUAUUGUGGCUGAGACAACGUCGGCUGUUGACUGGGAGCUACCCAAAUUCGCGGCCGAGAAAUUCGAAAAGCCAGAGAGUGAACGACAAGAUUCUACCCCCGUUGAUUCCGACAGUGAGGGAGUGCUUGUCGAGUUGGAGCCUCAACCUACUAUGACACCAAGUCCGACUGCUUCGGAUAACUCAGCCAUGAGACGUUUCCUUGUGUUCGACAGCAUGUAA